GCCGCAGCAGGGACUCCUCUUUAACAAAAUCGCGUCCUGCCGCAACGAGUGAGACGACGGGACACGAAACCUGCAUCUCUUAAAUACCCAAAAUCCCCACUUCCCACAAAGCCCUCCCAGCUACACACUACCCGGGUCACUUUCCACGAGGCCAUCUUUUUGUGUUUGGGCUUUCUAAUUCUCUUCCUUUCUAUUAUCCCUUGGUGUCCUCGUCAUUGUCAGCUACAGCAGCUCGCCCAUAAUUGGAACGACUUACAAGGAACAUCGCAAUUUGGUAGGCGGGUUCUGCAGGUGGAAAAGACCGCACUUCGACGCGCCUCAACCUGGACACGCGAGGUUUCCACUUCCAGGACACGGCUAGCAAAGGUUUUUCCAACCUCACCACCACUCCCAACUUUGCAAAAGCUACUCCAUAAACCUGUCACGAUCAAGACGUGAGCCAACCAAGAUCAAGACAACACGAACAAUGGACUCCUCUCCUUCCGCCCUCACCAAAACCCUGGAGCCCUCGCUGCCCACCCUCCAGGGCGUAAAGCGGCCUGCACCUUCCUUGCUCCCUGCAUUCGAACCCCUUUCCUCAUCACCAGGUCUCCCAAGGCCAUCGAAGCGGCAGGCAACAGCAUCAGCCUUCUUUAAGUAUCCCACUCCGGCACCAACAUCGAGCACCGGCAUCCUCUCCUCCAGUCCCCCACGCGUCAGAAACCGGCCGGCUCCUCCAAGACCACAGUCGAGGUCAAGCGUCACAGAGCGUGCUCCACUGUGCGAUGUCCGCUCUGUGGACCUCAACGAGAACGGGGAGACAUUGUUGAUGGGACGAUCGAGCAAUUCUUCACACUAUCAGCUGUCGGCCAACCGGUUAAUCAGCAGAGUACACGUCAAGGCGCGAUAUAUCGCCGCCGCAGAGCCCCUCGAACCAAACAAGAUUGAGAUUGUAUGCAAUGGAUGGAACGGCCUAAAGCUUCACUGCCAGGGGCAGACAUGGGAGUUGGCCAAGGGUGAUUCCUUCACCUCGGAGACCGAAGGUGCUGACAUCAUGAUCGAUGUCCACGAUGCGAGAGUAUUGGUACAAUGGCCGCGUCGUGAGAAGGAACGUGACGUGUUGGGUCAGCUCAGUGAUUCAUCCUGGGAUGAGUCUCCUCGCCCAAGAGUUGGCAGGGUGGCAGGUGCUUCGGAGCUUCAUGGUAGUCCUCUUAGAAGGUCGGUGCGCAUCGGUAGUCCCGAGUCACCCACACCUGCCAAUGUGUCCAGGGCAAACGCGAGCCUCAACGAGUUGUUGGCUGUCGAUAACGAGCAUGUCGACGCGGUGCAGAUCUAUGAGGAUGCCAGUGCUGAUGAGCAAGAAUUGCCGAGACUGACCGACGCUGUCGAGGAGAGCUUCAUGACACAAGCUGCUCCAAGUUUGUCCAGCGACCUAAGCGAGCCCGAAUCGGAGGAGGAAAACGAUGCAGACGAGGAGAAUGACCCCAUCAUUCACUCUUUCGGUCCCUUUGGCGCCAACCUCAACAGCCGCCUUGCCUCUUUCUCGGCCAACUCUCCUCGGGGACACCGUGUGUCUCGUAACCCACUUUCCGAUGUUGCCGGCAGAACACAGGAGAGAAUGGAGCCCAUCUCUGAGGACGAGGCCGAGGAUUUGUUGAGCGGUCUUAGUGACGAACAGAAGGCCAACAUCACCAACCACGUGGUCAACCAGCUUGCAUUCUCUCGUCUCUCUUCGACUCCUUUGACCACCAUCAUGACCAACCUUCCUGCUGCCGAAAAGAAGGACUUGAAGAAGGACCAGCUCCGUGUUAUUAUUGAGGGUACUGCGGCGGUCGGCAUCAUCCGUAGACAGGGCAAGGACGCGGCCGGCAAGCCUCUGGAAAGCGAGUAUUACUACAUCCCUGAGAAGGAUAGUGAUGAACAUCGCCGUCUGGCCGUGACGGACGGCCUUCGGAAGCCCAGUUUGAGAAACUGCCGCAAGCAGCACAAACAAUACUUUUGGAAGCGCCCCAAGACUCCUUGAACUAUUUACUACAACAUGUCACAUUAUUUCACCUUUUUGAUCCAUGAUUUCUCUCGUAUCGGCUAUCGGCGGCGGUAGCGGAGUUCUUGUUGCGACGGAAAACGGAAACACCUUGUUCACAUACCCCCAUACCCCAUUUCUUCGUCUGUCUCAUAUUAGGGGUCGUCGCUUUGUAGCGCUGUAUUUGCUCCAGGAUAUUCGCAUAGCGCAAGGCGUUUUGUUUCCGUGUACAAUUUUGCUUUUUAUCGUAGGGGGGUGAUGGUUGAUGGUUUCGCUGACGGAUUGGCGUCGUCAUCUGGCUUGACGAUGGGGGAAGAGGACGAGGAUGACGAGGUGCUAAGGGAACGAAAUGGACGGAAUGCUUUUAGGGUGAUGUAUGUAUUAUUUGUAUGUUUGAAGAAAAUGGCCUCGAAUAGAAGAUGCAAAUGGAUAAAUCGUCUUA